UCUUGGGUCUUUUUUUUCCAAGUAUCAAAGACAAAAUCAAAUAUCCAAAAAUCAAUCAAAAAGUGUUAAUCAACACAUACAUAUCAAACUUGAUACAUGAUGCCUGUUCUCGACAAACUCGACAAACUGAUCCACCCGAAGAAGGCACCUACUACGGAGGCACCUCCAGCUGAGGAGGACCAAGCUCCACAACCCACGGCGACUGAAGUCCCGGCUGCAGCACCACCGGCGGUGGAAGCCACCCCUGAGACCACGCCGGAAACACCCAAGCGCAGACAGUCCAUCGUCGACAAGAUAGAGGACAAGGUCGACAAGAUCCUACACCACAGGCGCUCGAGCAGUGCUGAAAGGAAGACCGAGACCCCGGAAGAAGGUGCUGCUGCUGCCGCCGGCAAAAAGGAAAGGUUUCAUUGGCCUCACUUGGGGGGAAAAGGCCAAGCGAAAGAAGAGAAGAAGCCUGAGCAACCUGAAGAGCCGGCUGCUGAAGGUGUGGUCCCACCUACACAGUAGGUUACUCGUUGAAGAGUUAUUGGGCCAGAGUUGGCCAUGGAUGGGUAGUACCGACACGGGAGAUGAGAGACAAAGGAACAGAAGACGUGGAUCAUGAUGAUGACGAUGAUGACUGAGAGAGCAUGGAUAGUCGUUUUGAAGCGUUGGACGGAUGAUACCCCCAGCGAAGAAGGACCGAUGAUUCGGCUUCCUUCUCGCUUUGUGCGCACUUUUUCUGUCUUUCUUUUGCUCGCGAUGAUACCCCCUAUUUGCUAUUCUCGAGAGAUACCCCAAGACUUUUGUGAUGGGCAAGGAUGAAAGGAGAGAAGUGAUGGAAACACGUCUCAUUAAUUAUUGUUUUAAUUGGACUUUAUCAAUUCUGAUCUCACUCGACUACUCUAGUUUUAUUUUUCUUAAACACGGUUCAAAUAGUGCAAUCACUGAUGCAGGUAAUAAUGAUAACAAUUGAUCAAGGAUUAGAA